AAGUCGCGGGAUAAUGUCAACAAUGUGGUCGCCAGGCAGUUUGAAAGUGUGGUCGGGUAUAAUGACUCCACUUUGCAUCUUUUCUCAAUUACCAACCCAGAAAAAUCACAGGCAUUAUCUUUUGAGGUAAAUAUUGUGUCGACUUGGUUUUCAUCUAAAGGAAUUUUUGCAAUACUGGGUUGUAAUACGAUUGCCUUCAUCACUAAAACGAAAGAGAUAUGGAAAACAAAAUCAAUGUACAACUUUGAAUUGAAUGAAAAGAAAAUAGUUGCAUGCUUCUCAUUACCUACUGGCAUAAUUAUCUUCAUUCAACAGGCUGAUUGCCUUGUUGUUGGGUUAUCUAAAAAUCCACCAGAAUGGCACCAGAUUGCCAGACUUGACUGCCUGGAGGCAGCUGAAAGUGUGUAUGCCUGUCUCUCACCCUUAUCAGAACCUCAGUCUUCUGUAAUUUUGAUAGGGACUCGAGAUGGUCAUGUCUACCAACUGCAAAUAAGCAAGCAAAAUUUAACACUUUUGUGUGAUAUUCAACAACCUGUUACAUCCAUUUUGAAUGUAGACAGCCAAACAACAGUCAUUGUGGGAAAGUAUGGGAAAAUUGCCAUGCUCAAUGGAUCAACCAAAGAGACAUUGAUUUCAUUUUCACCAACAGCUGUUGAAGAUUGCUUCUAUUCUAAACAAAAGCUAUACCUGAUGGGCUCUAACCAACUGCUAUCUAUGGAAAUGAAAAGCUCAGCUGAAACCGGCUUUCUAAGUGAUGCGAAUUAUUGCAAAGUCAAAUUUAUUCGAUCCGUCCACGUAAACGAAGAAACUGUUUUCAUCUUAACCGAAAAUGGAACCAUCUACCAAAGUAGUCUCGUGUUUGGAUCCAAUGAAGACAAACCACGUCGUGAACGCAGCGGUGCCGAAGUCAAGCCAAUUUUGCAGGAGAUUCAUCGCUGUGCCGAUCAAACGAAAGCUUUGAGCGCUAUUAGCGAUCGUGUUCUCCUUGAUGUCGCCCAGUUCUCUGUAGCACUACACAUAGUCAAUCAAAACGUCAGCAAUAGCUUUCCGGUCACAAUCCGAAGUUUCUCCGAUCCUCACAGUCCUCGAAGCCAGAACUUGAUUGUAUCUAUUACCAACAAGUCCGCAUGGAAUCUGUCAUCAUUGCACUGGUCUUUUCAAAUCUGUGCCCAACGAAUCAAUCAAAGUUCUCUUUUGCUCAGAGAAGAAUGGAAAACAGGUGAUAUGGUGGAGCUGGAACAUCAUUUGGUCCUUCCGGACGACACAUUUGGGGCAGAAGUCAAGACAUCUCUCAUCUUCCGCGUGGUGGACCUGAAAAAGCAUCCUGAGCCGCAAUCCCUUUGCUUUUUCCCGUUAUCUACUAUUAAACUCUCCGUGCUGGAUUUUUUAGAACCGGUUGCGGCCAAUUUAUUUGACGAGAAAAAUAAUGUUUCAGACGUGUUGGGAUUCAGCCGCACCCAAAUUAGAGGCUGCCCGUGGCCGAUCCUACUGCAACAGAGUUGGCAUCGUGGCUUCGCCCAAAAAUUUGGUUAUACCUCUCCGUUGCAGAUAGUUGUACGUUGUGGAUCGCAUUUAGUGCGGAUGAUUUUGAAGGAAGAUGAGAACCAUUCAGACAAGAUAUGGAUACUCCGAAUCGAAACCUCCAACUCAAAUCUUUUGCGCUUAUUGUGUACUGAAAUUUUCCAGUUGCUCGAAGCUCGUCAUCCGCUUACCAAGUCGGACGUUGUCAACAUUCCAAGCUAUGUCCUCGCUCAACUGCAGAAUCUGAGAGGACGACACAAUUAUCUCCAAAGCCUUAGUAAUUGGGAUGAGUCGGAUAUGGAGCCGUUGGUGGAAGAAUUUCGUCUUCUCAUGGCCAAGCAGUUUUCUGUUCGAUGAGCACACAAAUGUUGCAAUAAAUGCCAGUAAUCAUUAUCAACCCCAA